GUUCACCUGAAUUGAGACAGGUAGAGUUGGGAAAAGGGAAGAGCGAAACUGGGCGCCCCUGUGGGCGGUGCUCCGCGUACUGGGGGCUGAGCAGCGGGUCAACACGGAGAAGCGCGACUCCCUCCUCCCUUGGCAGGCGCGGGAGGGGUGGGGCGUGGCCGGGAGAGGCGGGGCCACGCCCCCUCCCAGCUCGGCCGCCCCAAUGGGAUUCGGCGCCGCGUUCGACCGCGGAGGAGGCUGUCCGGGCUGGGCAGCGGCGGCGCACGGCCCGUCUAGGGGUGGCCGAGCCUGCCAAGCUGGCGCCCGGCGGGGCCAUGGUGCCUGGCGGCCGCGGCGAGCCAGCCGGGACUUCCGGGCCGCACCUCCUGGCCCUGCUGCUCGCGGUCUGCGUCCCGCUCCGGCUGCUGGCGGAGGAGCUGGGUGAUGGCUGUGGGCACAUAGUGACCUAUCAGGAUAGUGGCACAAUGACAUCCAAGAAUUAUCCAGGGACUUACCCCAAUUACACUAUUUGUGAAAAGACUAUCACAGUCCCAAAGGGGAAGAGACUGAUUCUGAAGUUGGGGAUUUGAAUAUUGAAUCCCAGACCUGUACUUCUGACUAUCUUCUCUUCACCAGCUCUUCAGAUAAGUAUGGUAAGAAAAUUGUGUGUUUCUGUGAGCAUGAAAACAUUUGAGAUAUGAGGACAAGGGAGAGUGGUAUGCUAAUUAACUAUAGCCUAGGAAGAUUGGCAGAGAAACUUGCUUUGUGUAAAU